AUGGCCCCGCUGCUGGAGUACGAGCGGCAGCUGGUGCUGGAGCUGCUGGAGGCCGAGGGCUGGUGGUGUGCGCCCGCGGGCUCGGCGCGGACCGGCUUCUCUACCACUUCCUCCGACUUAAAACCCCUUCCUCUGGGUACACGGCCUCUGUUGAGUGUUGGGCUCACAUGUGCUUCCUCUCUCAGGGAUACCAUCGGUGUGAGCGAGGAGACCCUGAAGGAAUUCAGCACAACCUACAAACACUUUGAUGACAACCUGACAGGGCGUCUGACUCACAAGGAUUUCCGCUCCUGCCUGAGAGGCCUCAACUACUACUUGCCCAUGGUAGAGGAGGGUGAGCCCGAAUCCAAGUUUGAGAAGUUCUUGGACGCCGUGGACCCAGGAAGGAAGGGCUAUGUCUCACUGGAGGACUACACCUCCUUCCUGAUCGACAAGGAGUCAGAAAACAUCAAGUCCAGCGAUGAGAUUGAGAGCGGGUUCCAAACCUUGGCAGAGGGCAAAGCAUACAUCACUAAGGAAGACAUGAAGCAGGCUCUGACUCCUGAGCAGGUGGCGUUCUGUGCUUCGCACAUGCAGCAGUAUGUGGACCCUCGGGGCCGAGGCCACGCGGCUGGCUACGACUAUGUAGGAUUCACCAAUUCCUACUUCGGCAAUUGAGAGCUGCUCUUUUUU